GGACUACUCAUUGUGCAUCACCUGUUGCCUGCGCUUUCAAAAUCAGAUUUGUUAUCCACUUGGGUAAGGCCCACGAUUGUCGGAAAAAAGGCAACAUGAAGGGAACUCUUACUGUUUUAUUCACCGUUGCCUUCGUUGCCAUAGCAGCAUCAGACGUUGCUUUUGAUGAAGCCAAUUCUUCUGAAGAAGUAGAAGAAAGGAGCGAAGUUGAUGUAUUCUUUGAUGAAGUUCCUGCAAUAUGCAAUGCUUUGGAGCCCACGGAUACCGAAGAGACGGAAGACAAGAGCGACGAGUAUUUUUUUGGCAAGAUAUUCAAGCGUAUGAGAGAUUCUCUUAGAAAAGAUGGAAACAGUACGGACCAAGGAAGAGGAAAAGGUCGAGAGCGAGGCCGAGGCAAGGGCCGCGGUUCGCGUACUUCUGAUGACGAAGGCGAAGCACGCAAUUCAGCAAAAGGCCGUGCCUUUCUGAAGAAGUUGUUCGAAAAAAAGAAGCGUGCCGGCAAUUACUCUUCGGACACUGAUGGAGCCUCCAAAAAAGAAGCCAUCGUGAAGAAGCUUCUUGGCAAAAAGAUGGGUUCUGAAAGUGGUGACGCAUCCAAGGGUAGAGAUAUCCUGAAGAAGCUCAUUGAGAAGAAUAUGGGCUCCGGGGCCAAUAGCUCAUCAGACGCGAGUGACUUUCUGAAGAAGUACUUCGAGGUCAAAAAAGCACUGUAUGCUACUGAAGAUGAGGAUACCGAUGGUGGUGACAUUCAUGUGGAGGAAAUUUGCGCUAUACUAUUUCAGAAUGACAAUGAAUGAGUGAUCACUGCAGUGUAUUUUACAAUAAAGUAGGUUUUGAGAAUA